AUGCCGGCCUCCGUGGACCGCCGCGGGCUCGCGGAGGCGUUCAACGAGCUGCUCGCCGCGUGUGGCCGGGCGCAGGCAGUGGCCGAGGGUUUCAUCGUGCUGGAGUGGAUGGAGUCGAUGCGCAUACCGAAGGACCCAGACCUCUUGUUCACCUACGAGUACAUCGGCUUCAACGUCAGGAAGACGAGCCUGCUGAAGAGGGUGUGGGCGCUUCCGCUGAUGCCCAACGAGGGGCCACCGGAGGUGGUGUUUGCGGGCCGAAGUAAUGUCGGCAAGUCGUCCCUUGUCAACAUGUUGCUGAACAACAAUACGCUGGCGCCCACCUCGCAGAGGCCUGGCAAGACCAAGACCAUCGACUUCUUUGACGUCAACGCGAAUCAUCCAACAUUGCCGCAAUUUCGCCUGGUGGACGUACCUGGCUUGGGCUUCGCGCGGGUCUCGAGGGACAUGCGGCAGCGCUGGAUCGAGUUAAUCGGCGGCUAUUUCUUGCGACGCAGGACGCCUCAAGAUCGUGUUCCAUCUGCUGGACGCUGGGCUGUGCGAGAUUAUGGCGCCCGACUACGACCUCUGGAAGCUGCUGGCACAGGCCAAGAGGGACGACUUCCAGCUGUGCAUCGCGCUGACGAAGGCGGACCAUAG